AAUCACCGCUACUUUUAGAUAUAACGUAGCCUUAUUAGAAUUCUUAACAAACUCGCACUUACAUCAUCCGUGUAAACAUUUUAUCGAUAUCCGUAGUAAUCGGUGAAAUUAUUAAUAUGGCAAACUGGCCAGCAAUUGGUUCAAUAAUCCUGCCCAAUGUCGGUGGUUGGGUAAAUGGACUGUACUUUGCUGGACAAAUACGUUCUGAAGAGGGCAAGUCUUGGUAUGACAAUCUUAAAAAGGCACCAUGGAAUCCACCCAAGUGGGUAUUCGGACCAACCUGGACAGUUCUGUACAGCACUAUGGGAUAUGCUUCAUAUUUGGUGUGGGAAGACUGCGGUGGUUUUACUGAAUCUUCAGUACUUCCUCUCACCCUAUACGGAAGUCAAUUAGCUCUCAACUGGGCAUGGACCCCUAUAUUCUUUGGCAUGAAAGACUAUAAACUGGCUUUCAUAGAAAUCGCAGUGCUAGGUGUAACAGCAACGGCAACAACCAUAGCGUUUGUGCAUUACAAUAGGACAGCGGCUGCUCUCAUGUUACCAUACCUUGGCUGGUUGGCCUACGCCAGCUCUCUGUCCUAUUACGUCUGGAAGAACAAUCCAAAGCCAGAACCCAGGAUCACCGAGAUCAAGGAUGAGAAGACCCAGUAAAGAGACUGGAGAACUUCAAUAAAAUGUUUGAACAAAAAAAAAAUUGUAACUAGAAGUCUGUGUCAGUACUUUAUUUAGUUAGGCAUUUUUUUCCUAUUUAACUUUAUAUUGUAAGAAUUAUCACAAUUAUUGUAGUUUUGACUUUUCACUUAUCGUAUAUAAUACGAGUUAUUUACAAACAUAAUAAAUAUAUAGUACAUAUUCUU